UAAUCACACUUAGUCUUUGCUCCAGGCUGGCCGUGCUCACCAUUCUCCCAGCCGGUGACCCCGGGGGAUUUCUUUUAUGGUGGCUUUUUCUCUGAAAUGCCAAAGCCACCCGAUUAUUCAGAACUGAGUGACUCUUUAACGCUUGCCGUGGGAACAGGAAGAUUUUCGGGACCACUGCACAGAGCAUGGAGAAUGAUGAAUUUCCGUCAGCGGAUGGGAUGGAUCGGAGUGGGACUCUAUCUAUUAGCAAGUGCAGCAGCAUUUUACUACGUUUUUGAAAUCAAUGAGACUUACAACAGGCUGGCCUUGGAACACAUUCAACAGCACCCAGAGGAGCCCCUUGAAGGAACCACGUGGACACACUCCUUGAAAACUCGGUUGCUCUCCCUGCCUUUUUGGUUCUGGACAAUUGUUUUUCUCAUACCUUACUUACAGAUGUUUUUAUUCCUUUACUCUUGUACAAGAGCUGACCCCAAAACGGUGGGCUACUGUAUUAUCCCCAUAUGCUUGGCAGUUAUAUGCAAUCGCCACCAAGCAUUUGUCAAGGCUUCUAAUCAGAUCAGCAGACUACAACUGAUUGACACAUAAAAUCUGACAUCAUUUUUUCCUUACAAGUACAAAACUGCCAGUAUGAUAUGGAACCUGAUCACAAGACUGCAGUUUCUUCACAGAUCUCAGGAAGUUGUGGUGGGGCAGAAGCUUUUUAAAGAAUGUGGCUAGGGGGCUAACUAUCUGAAUAAUGACUUUUUAGGUAAAGACUGAGAAUCAGUACUACAAAAUCAUGUGGAUGACUUCAGAUUUUGGAAGUAAAAUUUUAUCUGUUAUUUGCAUUCCUUAGAAACUUGAAUAAGUACCUGGACUCAUAUUUUUAUUUUACUGUGCAACAUAGUGAUAAUUCAGAAAAUUUUCCUUUGGGGAAAAAUGAACAUUUCCAUUGUGCUUAAUGUAAAAAGGUCCAAACAUGGUCAUAAAAUUUAAAUU